GGGCGAGGCUGCCAAGCAAUGGAGCUCGCAAACUGACGCAACGCCACCUAAAAAGGCAAACCGCGUCCAAAAAAAAAAAAAAAAAGAAGGUGAGAUUCAUCCACCCAUCACAGUAUCGUAUCAAUCGAACUCUCGUCGAAACUUCCUCCGAUUAUUCAUCAUCGUCGUCAUCAUAUCACGCCGCGAACUCCAAUGCCACCGAAUGAGAAUUGGUGAAAUUUCUGCAUAUUGCGAUUUAAAAUUAUUUAAGUGGAGAUCACAAGCUGGUGUUGCACAGGGCAAUUGCCUUAUUACCCAAGUGGAAUGGGAAACUGGGGUGCCAAGGUGGACUUCUCAUUCUACCAUCCCAUGAUUUUAUUUUGUUGGACUUAGAUGGGCGUUUUAUUACUGGGGCUACACUCUAAAAGCAAAACCUGUCAGUGCACAUUAUUAAUGGAGCGAGUAGAAAGACAUAGAGACAGUGAACAUGUCAUUGACAUAAGUAGUAGUAAUGAAGCGUCCUCAUCUGGUUCAACCAAUGAUACAAAUGGCUUGGAUGCCCAGCAGCAUGAAGAUCACUCUGCAAAUGAGAGGACUGCUGUUUUCCAAACGGCACAUUCUUCUGCUAAUGCAUCAAACUCGAGGAAUUCAUCAUUCAUUAGAAGAGCAGAUGGGCAUGGCCGUCGCCGUAGGAGUCCACUAAAUUCUGGGUUAUGGAUAUCUGUUGAACUAGUUCUAACUCUAAGCCAGAUUGUUGCAACUAUUGUUGUAUUGUCUUUAUCGAGACAUGAACACCCACGUGCCCCUUUGUUUGGAUGGGUUGUGGGUUAUGCUGCUGGAUGCAUUGCUACACUUCCUCUUCUUUACUGGCGUUGGCAUUACCGUGAUCAGGCUUUGGAGCCAGAUUCAUCUCAGCCCCAUCAACGGUCUGCACAGAGCAACUCUCCUGCUUCUUUCUCCACUUCUUCAAUAACAAGAACUUCAGAGGGGGAAGGCCGACCAUCUUCUACAGCCUCUAGAGGUGUCCAAAGUGUGAGAACACCAAACCCAAGACUCAAGGCACUUGUAGAAUACUUAAAGAUGGCUUUGGAUUGCUUCUUUGCUGUGUGGUUUGUGGUUGGCAAUGUUUGGAUCUUUGGAGGGCACUCAUCUUCCACUGAGGCUCCCAACCUAUACAGGUUGUGCAUAGUGUUUCUCACUUUCAGCUGCAUUGGAUAUGCAAUGCCAUUCAUUCUGUGUGCCACAAUCUGCUGCUGUUUCCCUUGUAUAAUUUCUGUCCUUGGCUCAAGAGAGGAUCUGCUUCAUAAUAGAGGGGCCAGACAAGAAUCAAUAAAUUCUCUGCCAACCUAUAAGUUUAAGAUAAGGAAAAGCAGAAAAGGAAACGGAAGAGAAAUCAUUUCGGAUGCAGUUGAAGGUGGUUUUGUAGCUGCAGGGACAGAAAAGGAGCGUCUAAUAUCAGGAGAAGAUGCAGUUUGCUGCAUUUGCUUGGCCAAGUACGCAAACAAUGAUGAGCUCAGAGAGUUGCCAUGUUCUCAUCUAUUCCACAAGGAGUGUGUGGAUAAGUGGCUGAAGAUCAACGCAUUGUGUCCCCUUUGCAAGAGCGAUGUUGGUGAGAGCAAUGUCAGUUCUCCCUCUGGAGCGAAUGCCAGCCUGCAGGGAGCCGAAAGUCGGUCAGCCAAUAGUUAAUAUAUUCUAAAUUGGUAAAUAUAAUGCCUCUUCUAAGAAUGUCUAUGUAAAGUGGUGCUUCAAGUUUUGAGAUUUGUGAUUUGCAUAGAUUGAUGGAUGCCCCGAAUUUCACCCCUUCAGACCGUUUAGGUCUUCUCUUUCGGUGAAAUAUUGUAGCUUUAUAAUUCCCAGAGAGGCCAUUUGUCGGCCUCUAUAAUAGUAAUAGAUUGCAAUGCAGAAUAGUAGUAGAGUUGCUACUUGCAGAUUUCCUAUCUAUACACCUUGUUGAUCUCUGGCACAAGAGUUGUUCUCAAGCUCUCUUUAAA